AUGGUGGAAAGUUCGCAAAGCAUCGUACAGGACGCUAUCGACGUCGCCAUCGGCGAACGCGGAGAAAUCGGAGUCCAGGUUGCAGCUUACCUGGACAGCGAAUUGGUGAUCGACCAGUGGGGCGGCCUGUCUGACGAGACCACCGGCCAGGAGGUCGAUGGAGACACCCUGUUCCCGGUGUUUUCCAAUAUCAAAGCCAUGACGGCGACAGCGCUCCACAUUCAGGCGGAGCGCGGGCUGGUGGACUACUACCAACCCGUGGCUAAAUACUGGCCCGAAUUCGGAAAGUACGGCAAGGACAAAGGCACGGUAUUCGAUGCGUUGACCCACCGUAUUGGAGUUCCCCUGAUGCCCGUGGGAGUUACUCCGGAAUUGAUGUGCGACUGGGACUGGAUGGUCGGGCAGAUCGCGGAGAUGCACCCUCUCUUUGAGCCUGGAACCCGAAGCGGCUACAUGGCGUACACCUUUGGCUGGGUAGUGGGUGAGAUCGUGCGUCGUACGGAUCCAAUGCACCGGCCCUUCGGUCAGUUCAUCCAGGAAGAAAUCUGCCAACCCCUGGGCAUCACCGACCUUUGGGCCGGAAUUCCACCCGAGGUUGAACCCCGGGUAGCUAAGCUUACCAACCUACCAGAGUGUCCCUCCCGGCGCUCCGGGAAUACCUCCGGACUCGCUGCGGUUCCGGGCCUCUCCGCCGGUGGUGGGGACUACCCAGGAGGUGUUUGGCCGUUCUGA